GUUUCAAAAUGGCCGUCUUUGGAGGAAAAUAUGAUCUGACAUGUUUUGUUUGAUUCUCAUCUGAAAUUAAUACCACACUUUAGUUUAUUUGAUUUGCUUUAUUCUCCUUCCAUUGUCGAAUUAAUACAAAUAUAACAAUAUUAAUCCUAUUUUUGUUAAUUUAAUUAGGAAAAAAUCCUUAAAAAUAGGUUUAUUCAAAUUUAAAUUUUUUUAAAUUUAGGCCUACAGUUUCAUUAUAGCUAUACGUUUAAUUAAAGUAGAGUAGUUUAAAGUAUAGUAUUAUCAACAUACAACCUUCAAACUGUAAAUAAAAAAAGAACUGCAAAAUAUUUUUAAAAAGAAAUACAUUUUAAAUGCUCAUCGCUAAACUAAAAUGUCACUUGCCGAAUUGGUGUCAGUGACUAACAAUGCUGUGAAAGCUUUAGACAAAAAUUCAAACAAAACUGCAAAUGCUGUGCGAUUAUUUGAUGUGGGAAGCCCAUUUGCUUCUCCCGAAAGUACCAGGUCAUUAUUGUCUCGAGAUUGUGAUCAAGAGGAGAGAUUGAAAGAGACAGUGGCCGACUUGAGUGAUAAUACAACAGCUGGCAGUAAAAAGGCCACAGGAACAAAGGAAAAAACUUCCCAAGAGAAAGUAACUGUUAUAGAAGUAAUUCCAGUAGAUCUAAAUAAUGUUGAUACAAAUUCAACUGGUACUGAAAAAGUUGGACAGAGGAAUGAUUCAAACUCAAGCAUUGCAGCACAACUUAAACACUUGCCAGUUAAGAGCAGUCAAAAACAGCACAUCAAAGGUACUGUUAUAGCUCAUUGCAAUUAUAAUGAUAAAUCAGAAAGCAGUUCAAGUUCUGGGAAUGAAAUUACAAGUUUUCACUCUGUUGCGGAUAGUCGCCAUAGUGACCAGCCUGAAAUAAUUGACAUCCAUGCAGUUACUUGUGAUAAAUUAUGUUCAGAUGAAGACCCAGGCAGCGGAGCACAUGAGAAUCAGGAUGUUUAUUUUGGAUACAGUCAUAACAAUGUUGGAAGAAGCUUCCAACCAAAACAACUGCAGCAAGGUGGUCUGAGUACAGAGACAGGUAACCCUUGCAAGACCAAGCUAUGUGAUGAUGUUUUUAUAUCACAGUUUGGCUUAACAGACAAACAGCUGGAAUUGAAAGAUGCCCUCUCUAAAAGGUGUGGAUUUCAGAAAGCUCAGAAAAAAUUUGUUCAGACACAGAUCAUUCCAAGAAAGACUGAGCCAGCUGGACAGGAAGUGACCCAGACAGCCAGUGUGGUGACAGACGCCAACACUGCAGCAACAGCAGCAGCUGCUGCGUCUGCUGCUGUGGCUGCCACACAGCCAUUCUUAAAGAUCCAGCUUGACCUUGACCUGAAGAUGCAGCAACUUCUGAGCCAGCUGUCAGACAUUGAGAAGAAAACGGCCAGUGUGGGGGUGGGGAAAAACUCUGAGUCGGAGGAGCGGAUCAACUGGCUGGAGAAACAAAUGGCGGAGCUGAAUGAGAGGAGGAUGGAACACCUGGAAAACUUGCAGCAACAACAGCUGCAGAUGCAGGCCCAGCUGCUUUACAUCUCCAGACAAAAAAAUUCUCCAGGGAGAAAACUCUUGUCCUACCUCCCACACAAUCACACAUCACACGGCCACACAGCUUCACACGGCCACACAGCUUUACACGGCCGCUUGUCUGACGUUGCUACCACCAGGGUGCCAUCCCACGCCACUGAGAGGACCACUGCAGCAGCUGGCCAGCGCCCAACCCUCCCAGAGGCUGGCCGACAGAGUUACCUGAGUGAGGUGAGAGAACUGCAGGGGUCACACCUGGACACACCUGCACCACGGAACCAGGUGCCAAGGCCAACACCCUACACCCUGCCUCAGGAGCCUCAGAAAGGCUUGGGUUUUCUGGAAGAUUUGCUGGAUGCUGAAGGGCAUUUGGACACGACCUUUAACGUGCAGGGAGACAACUUGACACCAGCAUCAAACAGCAACAACAGUGCCUUAAGGCGGGACAUUUCAAGGCGGGACAAAAGUCCCGUGGACAAAGCUCGUCAGUUGGUGGCCUCACUGUCAGAGUUGGAGAGGAGGACAGCCCAGAGUGUGUGGGGGGCGAGAGAUGGUCAGACUGCUGGUCAAAUGAUGGACAGAGUGACAGGCCCUGCACCACUGGAUCUUUAUUUGAAAUACCCCCAUAAAGAGGGCAGCCCCUACCCCAAGUUUCGAGCCCAGCACAAAUCACAUUUUGGUCAGCCGCAAGAUCUGGCGGAGGCCAAGCAAGUCUUGAAACAGUUGCAGAUGACUCGAGAGAUUUUAGAGUCCAAUCUGGAACAGGUCAUUAGGUCACGUAGGGAUGUCCAUGUCUUUAGUGCAGUGCAGGAGUCAGUAAGUGCUGAUGAUGACAGAAAACAAAUUGAGGUCAAGGUCACCAGGAAGAUUGCUGCCUUACAAGCUGAAGUACAGCGAGGAGUCACCCACAGCCUGGCCCAGGACAAACUGGCAGCUGUCAACAUGGCACCCAAGACAAAAUCUGGCAACCUGACCAGGGAGCAGACUCAACAUGUUGCCAGGUUGGCUUCGGGGAAAGAAAACAGGAAGGUCAAGGUUCCUCCGAAGCCUGCCAUGAUCAGGGAUGAGAAGACCAGGGAGAGGACGUAUGGCAAGGGAGAGCACCAGCGUGGGCGCACCACCAUCAGGGACCCCUAUCUGCACUUCAAGAACAGCAAGCCAGCCACACGGCCUGUUCCCAUUACAGACUCGCUUGUUAGUGCUGAUGCACGGUCAAGGUCACCUAAAGCUAAGCAGUUUCAGAUGAACAACCCAAGACAAUUUUAUUUUAGCCCAACAAGAGGCUACAUUCCAGUUUAUGAUAAUGCACCUAUCCCAGGUGAGCUGGUGCCUAUGGCCAUCCCACUGGGCCAGCCACGUCUGGAGCCAGGGGUCAGAAGGUCAGCCCAGCUGCUGACCACCCCAGUCACGUCUACCCCGGUGCCAGCUGUCACAGCUGACAGGAAUGUCGUCAUGGUCUCAUUCCCUGCGGACAGCAAGCCAAGCAAGGCCAGACAGUCAGAGCUAGCUAAACAGGUACUGCCACCUAUAGACAUUGACUCCAUCUCCCCCUCAUCCUCCAAAAGGUCGGAGCUGGAAAUGUUGAGUCCACAAAUAGGCAGCAGGACCUUUCAGUUCAAUAACAAUAACAGCAUGGUGAGUCAAGGUGAGCCAACAAGUGAAGAGGAGAGUGAGUCUGACCAGGAGCAGAGCGGGGAGGGCAUCCAGCUGCCUGGCUACGAGCCUAAACUUGCGCCUACAUUUGGCCCAGAGUUCCCUCCCACCAGACCACAGGCUCAGUGGGCCGCGGGCGACACCCACCUCAUGUCUGAUGUUGUGGCAGAGGACCUCAGGCGACGGGACAUUCUGGAGGACAACGCUGUCCUGUGGCUGGAACAAGAGCUGAUGGCUCAAGUGUUGUCCAAGGUCAUGGUGACCUCCACCCCAGCAGACAAGCAGACGAUGGAGGAGUUGGAGGAGAGUGACAGGGAGGACUCCCUGCUGGUGACAGACAUGAUAGGCCAGGCUGGGGUCCAGAUGUUUAUUGAUGCCGGUCAGCCCGUGGACAACGCCCUGGUCCAGGCUUUAAUUAAGGAGGUCAUCCAGGAGAAAAUUAACGCCGUGCUGGCUCAAACCUCUGCUGAUGGCAGUGCAGAGGUCAAGGUCACUGCUCUGGUCAACGAACCUGUUCCAGAAAAACAGACUUUCAGAGUCCCCACCCCACAACCCACACCAGAGACCUCCCCACUUGCCUCCCCCAGACCCCCACACACCCGCCAGCUCACCACCCCACCCUGCUCCCCACCAGCCAAUCAUUUCCUGUUUGAGCCACGUGGACCAGAGGCAACCAAUCAGCUGCCAGAGAAAGUGUUGCCACAGACGGGAGAAUCUGAGUCUGAGCUGUCUGCCAGUCUGGACAUUUCAGAGGAGUUACGCAGAGUGGCAGGAAAGGACAAACUUGUUGAGCCAGCCAGCCCGGGGGUGGUGAGACACGAUGUGGCCACACCUCCAGCCUCCCCACCCCCACAAGCAGCAGGAACUGUGUUCCACCCCACACCUACCACACCCCCGCCCACACCCCCUGCUAAACUUGUACCAACAGCGCCCCCUACAGAACCUGAGACAUCCAAUCAAAAUGUUGCUGCUGUUCCAAGAGAGGAGGAGGAGGAGGAUGUAGUUGACCAGCCUCAGCCAAUCAUGUUGUCAGUGGCUGUAGGAAGAGAUGAACCAAUCACGCUGGACCUGACACCUGAGGAGAGACCACCCACACCACCCACACCACCCCACAUCAAGUUUGAGCCGAGUGUGGCCCAACUCUCCUCCUCUGACACCAGUCUCUCGGACACGCUCAACGACCCCAUCUCUGAUGGCCAGUGGCUACUGAGUGAGGGACAGCUGAUUGGCUUGCCCUUGAAUCCAGCCCAAUGUAGAGAGCUGAUCCUGAAGGGUUACCCAGCAGACGUCAGCACAGCCAGCACUCUCAAGGACACGGAGGACCUGCUGCUGGAUGAAACGGACUACCCCAAGAGUGAGGGCGAGCUGUACUUUGACGGGUUAUCUGCCCCUGAACAAGACCCCACCCUACAGCUGAUGGCACAGAUGCAGCGCAACCCCUGGCUCUCUGGUGGCGGUCUGCCCUACACUGCUGGCCCACUGGUUGGUGCUGGUCCACAAGAUCAACAGAGCAGACCCCGCCCCAGAGCUGGCCUCUCCCUGACAGGACGCAGCUUGGGGGAGCUGAGCAUGGGACAGGUCUCACCAUCCAACAUGGGACAGGUCUCACCAUCCAACAUGGGACAGGUCUCACCAUCCAACAUGGGACAGGUCUCACCAUCCAACAUGGGACAGGUCUCACCAUCCAACAUGGGACAGGUCUCACCAUCCAAACGUGCCACCCAGCAAAGGACAACACACGGGGAGAUCGUCUCGACCUACAGUAUGGAGAAAAGUUAUGAUGAAGAAUAUGAGGAGGAAACAGAUGAGAGACAAGGGUACACAACCUCCCCCCCACCCGCAUUUAGACCUGCCCCCCACACUUCUAACAGGAUACAGCAACAAAAGAAAGGUCAGCUCCAGUAUCAGCCAGUUUUGUCUGAUGGUGCGCCACUACCCACCAGAGGAAGGACACACUCUACUCAUGGGCGGAGAAGUAGUGACAGUAGGCUGUCUUAUGGUAGUGACCCAGGCUCCAGAAGGUCAGUGUUGUCCAGUUACCAAAGUCAGACAAGCCAGUCAAUGGAAGGUCCACUCAGACGCUCAGGUGAUGCUGUAUUGACCUCUAGCCUCAAGUCCAGACAGUCAGGGGUCAAGAAGUCAGUGGACUUUGAUCUUAGUGGCACCUACAGGUCCAGCGUCAGGGGCUCUGCCAGUCAGGCAGGAUCUGUCAGUCAGACAUACUCGUAUGAUGGAUCACUGGAUGAAUCAGAGUUGAAAAGAUUGGUCGACCACACUGGUGGGCAGAAAAGAAUGACCUUGACACUGCCCUCUGCUGAAGAAGACAGUGAAAUUUCUGAAAUUGACCUCUGAACAAGCCACAAAGAGCUGUUUGAUAAUUAGCUGUCAGCUGUUUCUGUAGAAUCUUGUGCUCGUUCAUGUAUGGGUUAGCAAAUAAUAAAUUCUUUCUAUUUUCA